AUGUUGCGCCCGGACGGCCAACCCGAGCAUGUCACGGCCACCACCCAGGCGGAGCGCAAGCGCAAGGCUCGCAGCGCGGGCGCCGUGCAAGCCACUAGCGAGGAGUUUGUGGGCCGCAGUGUCGACACUCAGAAGGCGGCAGCUGAGGCGGCGGAGGCGGUCGUGUCCUUCCUGCAAGACUUUGAGAGGCUCUCGGACGAGCAGCAGCAGCGCGAAGCCGCAGGCGAAGAGGAGGCGCUCGCGGCGCCCGCAGCAGCCUCUGACACGGAGCGCGACCGGGGUUUGGCUGGGAGCGAGGAUGCCGCAACUGCGGACGAGGCCGAGGCCGAUGGGGAGGCGGGCACCGCUCUGGCAGCAGCGCUCGAGGCGGCCUCCUGCUGCCUGCAGGUCCUGUCAGCGCCCGGGCUGCCGACCCAGCUGUAUCGAGAGGAACUGGUGACGGCGCUGGUGUCACUCGUCAAGUUCCACUUGCAGUACAACCUCUUGGUUCUGUACGACCUCAAGUACCGCCGCCUGUAUCGGCCCAGCAGCAUGUCACUCAACGCGGACGGGGAUCAUGCAGAGGGCGCGGAGCGCAAGGGCAAGGGGGCGCAGCCCAAGAAGCAGCCGAAGCUCCUCAAGCAGGCGUCGCUCGCCAAGGUGACGCACGCGCUGGCAGCGCUGCAGGGCCGCGUCGAGCUGCUGCUCUCCCUGCUGUCGCGCGCGUUGGGCCGCUGCCGCGCGGAGCCGGAGCUGCUCCUGCCGCUGGGGCGCGUGGCGAUGCAGGUCUUGCCGCUGGAGGGGGCCGGCGAGGGGUUGGCGCUGCUGCAGCUGCAGGCGGCAGCCGUCUGA